CCAACACAUGCAAGAUUAAUAUACAGAAAAAAAUAAAAUAAAAAACAAUGGUGGCGAUCUUGGCUUCAAUAUGUACUGUAACAUCAAUAUUUCUGUGUUUCUUAGUUGCAUCAUCGGAUGCUGAAGAGGCUGCCGGCAGCAAUUGUGACACCAAUCAUCCGUGCGACCAGGGGCGGUGCUGUAGCCGUUUCUUCUACUGUGGUAGCGACGAUGACCAUUGUGUCACUUAUUGUUCGUCCCAGUGCCGUUAUGCACCACCGCCGCCACAAGGAAGCACAGCCGCCGUCGUAUGGCGGCGGCCGGAUCAUCUUCUGAUUAAUGCAACCCAUAAGAAUGGUGAUGAUCUGAUCAAUAGUAUUAACUCAUCGUCGCCAUGCGGCGCGACUUCUCUCGCCAACGUGCCGCUGGCUAUGCCUAACAAGUAUGCUUUGGCUGCUUUCGGCGCAAAGAAUUCGCGGCCACAGCGGACUAGCAAUGUCGAUAGUUAUUGCGGCAAGUGCAUGAAGUUGAGAAAUUGCGGAAGUGGUGUUGAAGUGAUGGUGCGAAUUGUUGACGAACGUAGCACCGAGGGUCUCGAGUUAGACCGUCAAACUUUCGACAAGCUUCGUGGCAAGAGUCUUGCAUAUGUCGAGAGUGAUGAUGAUCGCCACCUUGUGCUGGAGUAUAGCUUUUAUAACUGCAGCUGAAGACGGAAUAAACUUAAAGGAGAGGAUGGGGCUGUUCACUUAUAGUCAAUCAAACUUAAACACAAGUAUGAAGUAUCUACGAUCAGGAGGAUGAGAUCAAAUGAAUCAGAAUGUUAAAU